UUGCUCAGCCAGCUAUGGGCCGCUAUUGCUGAAAAGAGUAAAAAAACCGACAGCCACAGGGCAGGGAGCCAGGGCCGCUCCGCUCCUGCUCCUGCUCCUGCUCCUGCUCUCUCUCUCUCUCUCUCUCUCUCGGCGUCGAUUGGGCGACCGCCGCCGCCGCCCCCAGGUCUUCGCUGGGCCCGUCGCCGGCGACGAGCACCCACCAGGUUCGGAAACAUUGCUGACGUUCACCUGUACCACAGUAGUUCAGUCGAGUAGCUGUCGGACUCGGAACACACAUGCCGGCGAUGGCAACUGCUCCUGUGAAAUUCUCUGUGGCUACGAACUCCCCAUGUGUCCAGCCUAGCUUGCCCCUGAGGCGUACACCUGCCGCCAUCUCCUUCCCUUGUCGUCCAUGGUCAGCCGCAAUGAACUCAUGUACUGGAUUGUUGAGGCGCUCUGACGUGGUUGCAGCCGCGGGGCACCAGAAGUUGAUGGGAUCUUUGACCACUAACGAGGGACUCAGGUUUGGGGUGGUUGUGGCACGGUUCAACGAGGUCGUGACAAAUUUGUUACUACAGGGUGCCCUGGAAACUUUCGAGCGAUACUCUGUUAAAGAAGAAAAUAUAACAGUUGUUAGUGUUCCCGGAAGCUUUGAGGUUCCUAUAACAGCACAAAAGCUUGGGAAAUCUGGGAAAUUUGAUGCAAUUCUGUGCAUUGGAGCUGUGAUUAGAGGUGACACAACCCACUAUGAUGCUGUUGCAAACUCAGCUGCAUCAGGUGUACUCAAUGCUGGAUUAUCUGCUGGUGUUCCUUGUGUAUUUGGUGUUCUAACCUGUGAAGACAUGGAUCAGGCGCUAAACCGCGCUGGUGGCAAGGCUGGAAACAAGGGUGCUGAAGCUGCUCUUACUGCCAUUGAGAUGGCCUCUCUGUUCCGGCAUCACUUAGGCUGACGCUUUUGCGUAUUCUGGUUUCUAUACACGAGGAGCAUAUUUUUUGCUGAUAAUCUGAUGUCAAAGGCAAGAUCAUGAAAUUAAGAUGGCCACAAUGUUCUAUUUCUGAAGUUUAUUGUUGGACAGUAAGUUUUCCGGUUCUAUCGAACUGCUUAUUGUUAACGUUGUCCUUAUUAGUUAUGCGAUCUUAAGCGUUGACGCUGCACUCAUUCUAAGAUACAUGUGCCCGCUAUCACUGCAAACAAGGAACAUACAUCACGAUUACAUGAAUUCAGAGAAGAAUGCGUGAUUUCAGAG